UCUCCACGUUCUUUACAGAUAACUAAUCAAAUGAUAGAAACGUGCAAGCAAUACAUAACAUGUCGCUUCAAGGAAACGAUAUGGUCUCAGGAGCGUGCUUUGGUUCGAGAUAAAUUAAUUCAUUGCAUCAAUUUGAACAAGACUUACAGAGAGACUUAUCUGUUCGUCAAAAAUCAACCGUUCUUACCAAAUACGGAACAAUUUAGUUUUUCUGAGAAUUAUGUCUUUGGGAAAUUCGAUACGUUUUGCAAGAGACUCAAUAAAAUCAUUGCUAUGUUCGACUUGAUGGACGAUUAUAAUAACCUGUUUGAAAAGAGGAUGGAGGGUUUAUUGUUGGGAGAAGAUCUUGAGGAAGCCAUGCACACAUUUGAAGAAGCAAAAAAAGCAGUAACGACAUGCCAGUAUGAUUAUCUAGAUUACAGAAACAAUGAAUUUGACAAAGAUUAUAAUACUUUUGAAGACAAGACGAACGCACUUCGGGAAUCUAUUGGAAACACUAUUGAAGAAAAUUUUGCGACAGUAUGGGAGACCCCACAAGGGAUUAAGUUUUUGACAAGAUUUGAGAAGGCAAGCGAUUUUUUAAAUAAUGUGAGCCAAAAGAUAAUGAUAACGAAAUUAAGUGAGAAAUAUGACAGAGUGCUAAGAUACUGUGAAAAAGAAGUGGAUAAGAUUACCAAAAUGUUUAAGAGGCAAAGGGAAGACCCGCCUUUGCCCCGUAAUUACUCUCCGGUCGCAGGUCGCAUAAAAUGGUCUCGAUGUCUGAUGCACAAUAUGACGGAGACAGUGGAGAGUGUCUGUGCUCAUCCAGUUCUCAGGGCUUUGCCAGCAUCCGCUGACAUGAUGAGGAAGUACUCCAACACUCGUUCCCUCAUUCACAAUUACGAGGAGACCAUGAAAGCUGUAUGGAUGAAUCAAAAUUGUAAGCGAGAAAUCAACAACUUCUCCAACAGACUAUUUGGCAAAUGUGUGAUCGCAAACAAGAGGAUUGAAAUGCGCGUUGUAAACAAAACUCCGAAUAUAUAUCAUAUUGACAAAUUAUAUAAGAAAUAUGCAUGUUCUCGCUGA